UUUGCACAGUAGGUAAAUAGAUGUGGAAAGGAGAUGCACAUGUAGCUUAAAGUGCUAUUCUGCUUUUAUUUUAAAAGCUGUCCGUGUCGCGGCCAUUUGUUCAAAGAGUUCGGUUUCAACCUUCACACUCCUGCAGAUGUGUACCAGCGAGGAUGUACAUUCAAUCUACUUCAACGCUUUUGUAAAUAAACUAAACAAGCGGAACAUAGGAAACAAUGGAGAACAUGUGCACUGUGCAGGUGAAACUAGAGCUGGGACACAGAGCCCAGUUAAGGAAAAAGGUCACUACAGAGGGCUUUACACAUGACUGGAUGGUGUUUGUUCGAGGCCCAGAGGCGUGUGACAUCCAGCACUUUGUGGAAAGAGUUGUCUUCCGCCUCCACGACAGCUUCCCAAAACCUAAAAGAGUUUGUAAAGAGCCUCCAUAUAAAGUGGAAGAAUCAGGCUAUGCUGGCUUUCUUAUGCCCAUAGAGGUCUAUUUUAAAAACAAGGAGGAACCUAAAAAGGUGUGCUUUAAUUAUGACCUAUUCUUGAACCUGGAAGGGAACCCACCUGUUAACCACCUGCGCUGUGAGAAGCUCACGUUUAACAACCCCACACAUGAGUUUCGACGCAAACUGGUCAAGGCUGGUGGGGUGUUAGUUGUUCCUGAAGGAGCUGAGAUGAUGCCGAGGCCCAGUCCAGAUUAUCCAAUGCUGCCUACUAUUCCUCUUUCUGCCUUCUCCGAUCCCAAGAAGAUCAAGUCCUCCCAUGCAGUAAAGGAAGCAAGUAAAGAUGGAGCGAGUGGAAGCAGCAAAAGCCUCAAACCCCAUAAGGCAACCAAAGAGCACAGAGAACGCACGCGAAAAGACUCUGAGAGCAAGGCCACGUCCAGAGAGAGCGACCGCGAAGGGGGCAAGUCGUCACGAGACCAAUCAUCGUCCUCUUUUACAAAGAAAGCCCCAGAGUGUCGAGGAAAAGACGAGGGGAAAACUGUGCCCAAAGCUGCCUUUAAAGAGCCCAAACUUACGGUCAGAGAUUCAAAGAUAGACGGCACAUCUCCAAAGGGCGUAGGAGCAGUGACGGGCGGUGGGGGUCAUCUGGACACUCGAACAGCCCCAAGCAAACGGCCCUUGCCCUCCACUGACUCUAUCAAACUAACUACCAAGAAACAGAAGCGGGUGGGGUCAGAGGGAAUGAAGGGGCCUGUAAGUGGAGUCUAUAGCAGCAACUCACCCCGCAUUACUUCAACAACACCCUCCACUUACCCAGAGAAGAAAAGUGUGAAAGAUAAAGGUCAAUGGCCCAAGAUGAAACCGGAAGUGCAGGAAGUUAAAAGGCAACCAGACUCUGAUGAAUCUAACUCUGAGGAUGAAGCCUCUUCAAAAUCAGAGCAUUCGGCUCCGUCCAGUCCAUCUAGCUCCAGUUCCAGCUCUGACUCUGACUUUGAACCCUCUCAGAAGCAAGGUCAAGGGACGCUGCGGUCUAUGGUAGAAGAUAUGCGAUCUGAAGGUUCUGAUGACGAUAGCAGUUCUGAGGUUGAGACGCCUAUUAAGACAUUAACCCCACCCAACCAGGACUCUCGUUUAAGUAUGGACAGUGAAAGUGAUGGCAAUGAGGAGUCCCGCCCUCCCAGCCAGGAAGCCCCUUCACCUCCAUCCAAACUCAGCUCAGCAAACCUCAAGAUGUUAGGCAAAAAGAGCCCAGACUCUUGCACUCGUGAGAAAAUGCUCAAGAGGGGGUACGACAAGGUAGGAAGGGCUUAUACAGAGGAGCUUGUGGACCUUCACCGCAGACUGAUGGCUCUCAGAGAGAGAAAUAUUUUACAGCAGAUUGUAAACCUAAUAGAAAAGACUGGCCAUUUCAAUAUCACCAAUACAACCUUUGACUUUGACCUCUUCUCUUUGGACGAGUCAACUGUACGUAAACUCCAAAGCUACCUUGAAGCCACUUCCACAUGACACAAGGAAGUUUGGCCCUUUAUUUUGGACAGCGUGAGUGAUCCCUCCAAACUGAAUGGUGGCAGAAGGAAAGGUAGUGGAAGCAACGUAUAAAUGCACAGAACAAAAUAAAUAAAAAAAAUCGUUAUACUGUAAUAAAGAGAAGCAAACAAAUGGACCAGGGGCAUAAAGGGGUGGUAUUCAGGGUUUAUUAAAUAAAGAACAGGACUGCUUAUUGCACUAAACAUAAAUAAACUGUUGGCACAAUACUGUCCAAAAUGGACGAGAUCUCGCCAUAGGCACAGUGGAUGAUAUACUUUAUUUCAAGUAGGUACAUUUCAAGGCUGGUUUUGCACCAAAGCUAUAACACUGGCAGAAUGGAUCUCCUGCUCAUGCUGGGCAAUGACUGAAAAACUGUGCCCCCACUUUACCCUCUAACAUUUCUGCCUCAUAUAUGUCGACCACACAAUGCGGUGGCAGAGACUUUGCCCGAACAGAUCAAAUAUUAUCAUCAACUGUUUGUGUCUGCAUAGCUUACUUAGCUCAAUGUGAUGGGAAAAGUACAUCAUUUCAGGCUUAGGUUAUAGGUUGCUCCCAUAGUUCAGCUAACAGGGAAAAUAUAAUAUUUGCCUUCGUAGUGCCUUUUAUGGAUAAUUGAUAAUAUUGAGAUUAUUAUGUCAACAUGAAAUGCCUGAAAUUGACAUUCAAAGCCCAUUUAAGCUUGUUUAAUUAGAUAGCACAUGUCGUGAGAGAUCUGUUUUGGACUAUGCAUUAUGCAUUAUCCUUUGUUUUGUUUUUUUGAUGGUCAGCAACAUCAAGUCAAUUUGUUAAGCAUUCAAGGUUGUGUUUGUAGUUUAUUUAAGUACUGUGCACUUUUUAUGGUCACUUCAGUGCUUUGUAAUUAUCUAAUAACUAUAUUUAUGAUUAUGUUCUUUAUUUUUUACGCAAUAUUGACUUGCAAAAAUGUACAGAUUUUUGUCAAUGUUUUUAAAUGCAUUUGUUGAAGUCAUAUUAUUGAUUAUCCGUUCACUUGAGAGAAUAUGCACAGAUGGAACGUGUUUUCUUUUUUUUGUGUCUGUACUCCAAUGGUGCAAUUGGAAAAAAAGUCUUCGGUCAACCUAAAGUAUUAUAGAAGUGAAAAUGUAUUUGUGUCGAAUACAUAUUGUCUGCUGAAAUUGCUUUGAAAAGCAUAACUGCUUGACAUGUUAUACUUAAUUGUCGGUGGUGAGUUAUUCUUUUAUGAUUUUAAAUAAUUAUGGUUAUAAAGUAAACAAUGUUUUUGGUGAAAAUGUAUGUUACAGUACAUUAUGGGCAAAUUACAGUGAACUGCUGUAUUUGUACAAGAUAAACCAAUAUGAAUAAUUGCUUUAUAAAGUAAAAUAAAGAUUAAAUACAAUAAAGACAUUUAUGAUAAAAACA